ACCUUAGACCGCGUAACCACUAACAACCAUAUCCGGAACAAAAUAACUUACGCACGCAGGAACGAACAAUCUGUCUCUAGUUUCUUUCAGUUUGAAGCGACUCGUUUAAGUCAUGGAGGUUGUUGUUUCACACCCUCUGUGCUGCUACUACACCACCACUGUAACCGCCAAAACCUUUAGGUCUUAUAAACAACCAUUUCUCAUUCCACAAUUUCCCUCUUCUUCUUCUUCUUCUUCUUCUUCUUCACCACAUUUUCCUUUCUUAUCUUUCCGCACCACCACUCUCUCUCAUCGUCCUUCUCCUUUUCCUCUAUCACCUGUAGUUCUGUUUGCGACGCCUGAGAAUCAAUUGAGCAGCGUUGGGGAAGGGGAGGAGGAUACUCACACAAGUGAUUCCGCACUUCAAGAUUUUUAUUCUCUGAGGAAGGAUGUUGAAAUUGCAUCACAGCGUGUCAAAGAGAUUAGAGAAUCAUCUGGUCUACAAUUAUUGGAGCAAGAACUUGCCAAGUUGGAAGAGGAAGCAUCUUGUAGCUCCUUUUGGGACGACCGAGCCAAAGCUCAACAGACUCUUUCGACAUUGGCUGAUGUCAAAGAAAAGAUAAAAUUGCUCAAUGACUACAAAACUCAGGUUGAGGAUGCAGAAACAAUAGUUAUGCUGACAGAGGAAAUGGAAUCCGUUGAUAAAGGGCUUUAUGAAGAAGCUUCUAGUCUAAUUAAAGAACUGAAUAAGUCAAUUGAUCGGUUUGAGCUGACUCAACUUCUUUCUGGUCCUUACGACAAAGAAGGUGCUGUUAUCUCUAUUACAGCAGGUGCAGGAGGCACUGAUGCACAGGACUGGGCGACAUGCUUUAGAUGUAGUGAUGAGAAACAAAGAUACAAAACCAGAGUGGUUGAGAAAUCUCUUGGAGAAGAAGCUGGAAUUAAAUCUGCCACCAUCGAAGUUGAAGGCCGUUAUGCGUAUGGGUAUUUGUCUGGGGAGAAAGGAACACAUCGCAUUGUUCGGCAGUCCCCUUUUAAUUCCAAAGGUCUUCGUCAGACAAGCUUUUCUGGUGUUGAAGUCAUGCCUCUUCUUCCAGAAGAAUCUUUGAAUGUUGAAAUUCCAGAAGAGGACCUGGAAAUCAGCUUCUCAAGAGCAGGGGGAAAAGGAGGUCAGAAUGUUAACAAGGUUGAAACUGCCGUUCGAAUUACACAUAUCCCAACUGGUGUCACUCUUCGCUGCACAGAGGAGAGAUCCCAGCUAGCAAAUAAGAUAAAAGCUUUAAGUCGUUUGAAAGCGAAGCUGUUGGUGAUAGCUGAAGAGCAACGUGCAACUGAAUUUAAACAGAUUCGAGGGGACGUAGUGAAGGCUGAAUGGGGACAGCAAAUAAGAAAUUAUGUCUUCCAUCCAUACAAACUAGUAAAGGAUGUAAGAACAGGGCAUGAAACACCAGAUAUCACCUCUGUUAUUGAUGGAGAAUUGGAUCCCUUCAUCAAAUCUUACCUCAAACACAAGUAUAGUAUGACAAUGUCUACCAGUGGGGUUAACUAAUAACUUCUUUGACCUCCCAUUCAAUGGAGGGGAACGAUAUGGUUGUUGUGUCUUGGGAUAAACACAAUUUUGCUAAAGAAAAAUCUCAUGUCUAUUUGUUGUAAUAAUAUAUCAAAAUUGAUUGUCUUAGUUUUAAUAUUGAUUAGUAGUGAUAAAAAGUAGUUUGUGGUUGGUUGGAA